AUGGCGGUGGGAGGAGACCGGGAGUCCCUACACAGCCUUGAGGAUCUUCUUCUCUGCGGAAUCUGUCUGGACGACUUCAAGACGCCCAAACUCCUCCCGUGCGGCCACACCUUCUGUGAGAAGUGUCUGGAGAACUUCGCGAAGAGGGGCCGCGCCUUCUGCUGCCCCAACUGCCGCCGGAAGAUAGACCUGCCUCAUGGCGGGAUCAGGGCGCUCCCCGGGAACUUCUGGAUAGGCGGGAUGCGCGACCUGCUCAUGGCCACCAAGAAGGACGACGAUAGGAGACGGGGAGGAUUUCAUGAGAAGUGUCUGCUGCACAAGGAGGAGGGGCUCAGGUACUUCUGCCUGGACUGUGAGCGCAUGAUCUGUGCGGAGUGCAUGGUGGAUGAGCACAGCGGACAUCGCGUCAGCCGACUGAAAGAGAUCCUGGCGCAGAAGCUGGAGGAGGCGAAGACUCUGGAGAACAACACCCGCAGCAUCGUCAACAGCAUCUUAGCACAGCUGCAGGACCUGGCGAACGACGAGGGCGGCCUGGUGCGGCAGGUUGACGGAGAGCGUGCUGAGAUCCACGCGGCAGCUCAAGUCGCGCUGAAGAUGAUCGAGAGCCAGAAGUCGAACCUGCUGAAGCAGCUGGAGUCGGAGUUCGCCGUACAGAGGUCCAUCAUCUUCGAGGACAAGCAGCGCCUGGAGAACGAUCUCGCCAAGCUCCUGGGCGCCAUGGACUCCAUCCAAGAAGCACGACAUACGCAGGACAUUGUAAACCUGAUCACGACCAUCAGACACCUGACGGAGUACAUGCACAUGCGCAGCCGCCGGCCCGUGAGACUACCUCUGGGAACCUCCAUCCAGUUCCUACCGACAAAACUCGGGAAGGAGGUCAAACUUGGAGACAUCUUCACAGCCACGGACUCGUUUUGUUCGUCUGACAAGGAGCCAGACAGCGGUCAUGACUGCGAACCCAGCGAGAAGUUGGUGAGUCUCGAGCCGUCGCCGGUAGAGCUGGAGAAGGAUGGCACGAUGGAUCCAGGGUCUCCCCACGUGGUGGUCGCACCGGGCACUCCGCUCUCCCCCCGCGGGACAGGUCCCACCUACCCCCGCAAGAUCCAGUUCGGGCGCCGCGGGACGGCCGAGGGCGAGUUCGAGUUCCCCUUCUCGGUGGCCGUGAGAGACGGCUUCGUCUACGUUUUGGACAAGUCUUUAAGAACCACCGUGCAGGUAUUCGACUUCAUCGGGACCUUCUUCCGCAGCUUUGAACUUCUCGGGCUGAAGGCGAACUCCGGGGGGCUCAUUGUCGACAAGGACGGGCAGGUGACGUUUCCUUGUUUUGAUUGA